GGGGGUACCUUUGGUCGUGAUUGCCUUCAGCAAUGUCAUUGUUCUCCAGAGGCUUGUGAGAUGGAGAGGGGUCUUUGCAAGGGACAAUGCCUUGAUAGCUGGUUUGGACCGUACUGUCAAAGAAUAUCAAGAUUGGUUCCAGUGAGAGUGAACCCAUACCAACCAUCUAGCUUCACAUGUUAUGUUGAGGGUAUCCCUCUUCCUGAUGCAUCCUUAGUUGAUCUUUUCAGACGUACUGGAAUCACCUAUAACACUACAGGAAUCACCAGGGGAUCUAGCACUGUCUCAGGGUCAGAACGAGCUGUUGUCUUUGAUGUUGAUAGUGUGCAUCCACAGGAAGAUGGGGGAUACCAGUGCAGUCUAUAUCUUGAAAACAAUGGCUAUACCAGUACGCCUAUUACCCAUGCAACUUAUGUUCUGCCAGUCAUGGAGAAAGCACCAAUGAUAGUGAGUACUACGUCAACUACGGUAGGUCUUCGAUGGAAUGCAUGGUCUGAAGAAGAUGACAUAGGUGAUCCUCCUUUGGUAGGAUAUGAGGUCUUUGUAAAGAAGGAUGCUGACUGGGUAACGGAUCAGAGAGUACAGCAACUCACAACAUCAACCAUCGUUAGUAAUCUGACACCCGACACAGAUUACAUGUUUUGUGUAGCAGCACGUGAGGGAAGGAACAGGUGGAGCAGGACCUUUGUCGCCUAGCAACAGGACAAUAUCUCGCUGUAGAAAACCCAGUGCUUCUCCAACUGGACUACAGGUGGCAGCUAUCAACCCUAAAGAGCUUGAGGUGACAUGGGAGCACCUACCCUCGGAAUCGGCAGAAUGCAGGAGUGGAGUGACCCAUUAUAUGAUCUACUACACUUCCACUGGGUCAACUUCUUUAAACUCUGUCAUGGUUCCUAACAACACAAGCUCCUACACAUUAAGAGGGUUGGAAACCUAUCUGGACUAUACCAUCCAACUGACUGCAUCGAAUAAAGACGAGGAGAGUGACAGGAGCAGUGAGACUGCCAGCAAAACACUUGAAGAAGUUGCACCUAGUCCUAUCACUGUGACUAUACCGCAGAGUACUUCAAGUUCCUUCACUGUAUCCUGGUCUACCCCUCUACCAUCUAACAUCAAUGGUAACAUCCAGAAGUAUAUCAUCCGCUACCAGCGAACUGAUCCAGCUGGUGAUGGCAAUUAUGAGAUGGAGGAAGUAUUGACCAGUGCAUUUGAUGGGGAAUAUAUUGUGAUGGACUUGGUCAGUGCAAUCAACUAUACAGUCCAGGUCCAAACUGUCAAUGGAGCUGGUUCAAGUAAUUGGUCCGAACCAGUGAAUGCAAGGACCAUCCUCUCAGGUAACGAGACCAGGAUACCUAUAGGGGCUGUGAUAGGGAGUGCGAUAGUACCCCUCGUUAUCAUCGUAAUACUAAUAUUGACUGUGGUGAUGUAUAGAAGGAACAAACAAAGACGUUUAAACGCUGAAUCAGCUGCGUCGCCACCAAAUACUGCACAUGAUACCUCCUCGAAGUAUGGGAACCCUGCAUAUGAUGGCUCAGACACAAAUACAUACCAAGAUCUUACUACAGACACAUCGAACAACCAGAAUUGUACCGACCCCCAUACCUAUGAAGAUCCCAUUGGCCGCGUUACCUAUCAAGAUGUCAUAUUAUCAGAUCCGGGAGACAUUUACGCAGAAAUAUAGAUGCAACC